UAGACAUGAUGACUCAGUCGAUGGUCAAAUUUUGUCUGAAAAAUGUUCGUUACAAAUGUUCUGUUAGCUAUGGCUUUUCUCAUUUUUUUGAGAAUAUACAUUCAUUUCAAGAAAACAUAUCAAUAUUGGCAAGAACGAGGGAUCAAAGUUGUUCAAUCGGCAGUGUUUCCAUUAGGCAAUUUUUGGACGUUAAUUAAGAGAGAUAUUGGUGUUGGUCACAUGCUUGCAGAAUGGUAUAAUGAGGUAGAUGCUGAAGCAGUAGGCUUGUACGCGAUUAACGAACCAUUUCUGUUAGUGAGGGAUCCAGAUAUAAUAAAGGAUAUUUUGGUAAAGGAUUUUAACAGUUUCAUGGAUAGAGGUAUUUUCAUGGAUAAAAAUGAUGUUCUAACAGGUCAAUUAUGGAAACUUCCAGGAUAUAAAUGGAAACCAUUAAGAGCCAAAAUGUCAACUUGUUUUACAAUCGGAAAACUGAAAAUGAUGUUCUCCAAUCUUUUGAAAUCGGGUAGUGAGAUGGAAAUAUUUCUCGAUAAAGCUGCUGAAGCUGAAUCGGUGGAUGUUGACGAUUUGUGCAGGAGAUUUUCAGCCGACAUCAUUGGUUCGUCCUUAUUCGGUCUCGAAGUAAAAAGCUUCAAAGAUAAAGAUGAUGACUUUUUGAGAAUGUCAACAUGUUUGCUAUCCACAUUCAAUAGGAAAAACUCCAUCAAGGCUGCUCUCCAAGUCAUUGCACCGAACCUUAUAGAUGUUUUUAGUUUUUUCAAGAUUGAGACGGUUAACAAAUACGCUCUAGCUUUUGUAUACAAUAUGGUGGAAAAAAUUAUCGAUUUCAGGCAAAAAACAGGAAAUGUAGGAAAAGACAUGAUGCAGCUUCUUAUUCAGUUGAAGAAAUUCGGAAAAGUGGACGGAGAUAAUGGAGAGAAAGUAACAUCAGAUAUCUGUUUGACAAUGGACGAGGUCGUAGCUCAAGCCUAUACUUACCUUUUUACUGGAAGCGAAACAGCUUCUUCCACUCUAAUAAUGCUUUUUUACGAAUGUUCUUUGAACAAAAAUAUUCAGCAUAAACUACAGAAAGAUAUAGAUGAUGCACUUGCUGCCAGCGGAGGUGAAAUAACUUAUGAAGCCAUAUUAGAGAUGAAAUAUUUGAACAUGGUUAUAUCAGAAACACUUAGAAAAUACCCAACUCUCCAAUUUCUCAUGAGAAAGGCAGUGGAAGAUUACAGAAUCGAAAAAAUCAAUCUACAAAUAAAAAAAGGAACAAGGGUGUAUGUUUCAAUACAAGGAAUGCACAGAGAUCCGAAAUAUUAUCCAAAUCCUGAAGUAUUUGACCCAGAAAGGUUUUCGAAAGAGAACCAAGCUGAGAGACAUCCUCUUACAUACAUACCAUUUGGAGAAGGACCAAGAAACUGCAUUGGAAAGAGAUUGGGAUAUUUUAUGAUUGCCGUAGGAGCAAUACACAUGUUCAGAAAAUUUAGCAUCAGUCCAUAUAAAGACUCUGGGAAACAGCUGAAGUUACAUCCUUACUCAUACACCAUAAGACCAGAAGGUUCACUCAUGCUGAAUGUGACACCAAGAUGAACUAUAUUAUGUUUUAAAAUAAGAUAACAAUUAAAUUCAUACUUAUCUGAGAA